UCGUACGGGCGAUUAGCUGCUGGCCAGAUUACGUAAAAAAAGCGGUGCUGACACUAGCAGCUACCGGGUGCCUAUUUGCAUUUCAGCGCAGGGUAGUGGCGGAAGAUGUGUCUCGGAAACGAAUUGCCCAUACUGAUAAGUGGACUUGGAUAGUUGCAAACACACGUGCACGGUGUACGCUUCUCAAACAAAAUGGCUUUUGUGCGCCCGGCUGUGUGAGGAAGAUGCGGCCUCGGGGAAAGUUCUGCCUCACACCUCACCUCACACAUGCCCCACACCGUCCGCAGAAAAAGAAGGGGGUCGUUUUUGUGCUCAGAGAUUGGUCGAUCUAGAUACCUUCAAUCGCCGCACAAAGAUAAGCCGGUGAGAUCCGACCUGUGUGUGCAAUACGGUGCUCCAUCCAACAAACAGGGUGAUAAUAAAAUUAUCUUAUCGACGCUAAUUGCGCGUGUGCGAUCGCCGCCUACCAACAGAACCAGUUGGUCAGUAACGGUCAGUCGUUUGGUCGGACGGUGCAACAAGCGUUGGAGCUGUUGGAGAAAUUAGACGACUCCGGGAUUAUAACCAGAACACCGCCAAACCGUGUACCAAAGUGGUUCAAAUACAGUGCGCGUGUGAGCGAGGAGUCACUCUGACUAGCCGGCCGUAUCUAGCAACUCAGUUCGGACGGUUCAGACCGUUUUUUUUUCACGUCAAACCGACCAUCCGUCCUCCACAUCUACCGCUGGGGACCCCGCUUUUACCAGUAACCAGGGUGGUGGGACGAAAACACGAGACACAACGCGGCGGGGAGGACACGAGAUCUAAAUUUAGUGCUUCGCACCCGAGUAACCUCCAACGGAUCGGACUCUCCCGCUGUAUCUGUUUGUGUCUUACCCCAUCGUAACACUUGGUUCCUGUGCCUGGUCAUUGGCACCGAACCAGCUCUCUCGGUUUUGCGCCCCUAUACAAACACAUCCGUGGCCGUAAAGGGACUAUACUGUGUGACGCCCCAGCAUCAUCUCCCACGAUAAAAACAAAAAAAACACACAAAUCUUCCCGAAUCGUCUUGUUUGUGGAUCAGUUUUUGCGUGCUCACGAAACCGGCGCACACGGGAUCGGACGGGUUUCAGUAGUAGUCCGCAUGCCAGUCCGGUCUGGUUGUGAUUAUUUGUUCGCGUUAAGAUCUUCCGCCCAGUACGGUGUGUCAGCGAGAUAUUGGUGACCCAUUGCGUUAGGUACCGUAGCGUACCGCGUCCAUCUUGCUGAAAGCAAGCGAACGACACAGUAAAGUGUUUGUGUAUUUGCUUUGUUUGCUUUGGCACGGUUGCUCGACCCGUCACUUCCGGCACAUUGACACUGACACGGUGUAAGAAAGGCAGAUCAGAAACAGCAGAAAUGAGUGCCCGUGGCGUACUGCUCAAGUGUGAUAUGAACUCAUCCUUCGAUCAACCGGAUCCGGCGAUCAUCAUGUCACCACGAUCACCCGCCAUCCUGCUCAACGAUUACUUCUCACCGGAAGUACAGGGCAAUGAGUCUCCGGCAGGUCAUGCGGGAGGUGGCGGCGGUGGAGGAGGAGGAGUUGGAGGCGGCGGUGGAGUGCUAAGCGGAGCGCUUAGCCUAUCCCAGGAGGAUAUUGUUGGUGUGCUGCCCAAUGAAAUAUCGGCCCCGUACGAAGUUCCACAGUUCCCGAUCGAGCAGAUCGAGAAGAAGCUUCAGCUUCAACGACAGCUAAACGCCAAAGUAAUGGAGCAAGAUCGGCACUCGAUUGCGCCGGAAGUACAUCCGGACGAGCAGCUACCGUUCGACGAACAUGACUUCGUUGCCCACUUCCAGCGAGUGUCGAUCUCGGGCGAGGACACCAGCGGCGUACCGUUGGACGAUCUCGAACGGGCCUCCACGUUGCUGGUAAAGGCGCUGGAGCUACGCGAGAAGUAUAUGCGCAACUCGCACCAAUGCUUUCCGCAGACGACGGCACGCUUCCUGAAGUCGACACAUUCAAGUACGAUCACGCACCAGGAACGUAAAUCCAUCGCUGACCAUCCAGUGAAUCCGCCCCAGAGCACUCAGUCACCGUGGGUCGUGGAAAUACCGGAGGAUCUGAAUUACAGCAUCCGACCGGUUAACGGGGUGUUUGAGGUGUUCCCAACCACAGACACAACGGAACCGCUUCCCUACCAUUACACACGUCUGCCCGACUUUGUACAGGACAUGCAGAUGAUGUGUUCGAUGAUUGCGGACGGGCCGCUCAAAUCAUUCUGCUACCGCCGGCUCAGCUACUUGUACUCCAAGUUUCAGCUGCACGUCCUGUUGAACGAACUGCGUGAGCUUGCAUCGCAGAAGGCGGUACCGCACCGUGACUUCUAUAACAUCCGCAAGGUGGACACGCACAUCCAUGCGGCCAGCUGCAUGAACCAGAAGCAUUUGCUACGCUUCAUCAAGAAGACGCUGAAAAAUAGUGCGGACGAGGUGGUGACGGUUACCAAGGGUACACCGAUGACACUCGCGCAGGUCUUUCAGUCGAUGAAUCUGACCACGUACGAUCUGACCGUGGACAUGCUGGAUGUGCAUGCCGACCGUAACACCUUCCAUCGGUUCGACAAAUUCAACGCAAAGUACAAUCCGAUCGGUGAGUCGCGAUUGCGCGAGGUCUUCCUCAAGACGGACAACUACCUGAACGGCAAGUACUUUGCGAACAUUAUCAAGGAGGUAGCGAGCGAUUUCGAGGAAAGCAAGUACCAGAAUGCCGAGCUGCGACUAUCAAUCUACGGCAAAUCGCCGGACGAAUGGUACAAGUUGGCCAAGUGGGCAAUUGACGGUAACGUGUACUCGGACAACAUCCGCUGGUUGAUACAGAUACCGCGUCUCUAUGAUAUCUUUAAGACGAAUCAACUGAUGACCUCGUUCCAGCAGAUUCUGGACAACGUGUUCAAACCCCUGUUCGAGGCGACCAACAACCCGAGCAAACAUCCGGAAAUACACACCUUCCUGCAGUACGUGAUCGGGUUCGACUCGGUAGACGAUGAGUCGAAGCCGGAGAACCCACUGUUCGAUGGGGAUGUGACACCGCCGGCCCAGUGGACGGACGAGGAGAAUCCACCGUACGCCUACUACAUUUACUACAUGUACGCGAACAUGACCGUACUGAACCAUUUUCGGGCGGCACGCGGCAUGAACACGUUCGUGCUACGGCCGCACUGUGGUGAGGCCGGCCCGGUACAGCAUCUCGUCUGCGGCUACCUGAUGGCGGAGAACAUCUCGCACGGUUUGCUGCUGCGCAAGGUGCCGGUACUGCAGUAUCUUUACUAUCUCGCACAGAUUGGUAUUGCGAUGUCACCGCUAUCAAACAACUCACUGUUUCUGAACUAUGAUCGCAAUCCGUUCCCGGAGUAUCUAGCCCGUGGGCUGGUCGUAUCGCUCUCCACUGACGAUCCGCUCCAGUUUCACUACACCAAGGAACCACUGAUGGAGGAGUACAGCAUUGCAGCACAGGUGUGGAAGCUUAGCUCGUGCGAUAUGUGCGAACUGGCACGGAACAGUGUGCUUAUGUCUGGGUUCCCGCACAAGAUGAAACAGCACUGGCUUGGACCGAACUAUACGCGUGAAGGUGUGGCCGGUAACGACAUUACCCGCACGAACGUCCCGGACAUACGGGUCGCCUUCCGGUACGAGUCACUGCUAGACGAGCUGGCCAAUAUCUUCAAGGUGAACAAUGAGCAAAAGAUGCAGUACGCCGCACAACAGUAAAAUCACACCAAGAAAACGCACAUUCGCUGGCUCCCGUCCUUUCUAUCCGUUGCGCAUUCUCUCUUUUCUCUUUCUAUAUCUCUCUGUCUCUCUCUCUUUACAACUCGUUCUAUUAAGCCCCACUUGGGCCUUUUUAUUCAACUGUUUGCGGCGGGCUGUGACGGUGUUGUGCGUGUAUGUACAAGGACUAUCGUUGUGAUAACAUGGUACACCUCCACGGCUUAUAUCGAUGGUUUCAUGCGUUUCUUGUGACUGUGUGUGUGUGUGCGCGUGCUCAUUGUUCUUUUUUCAUCUUCUUGUUCUUGUUGCGAGAGCCUUCAUACUAGACCAAACCAAUGGCUCUUUUAAAGCUGGUACGUUCGUUAAGCUACGGAUGAAAUUGGACAACCUCCGUUUCCAGGUUAGGGAGGCCACUGUCGGUCUCCGUCGCCGUUUCCUUUUCCGCUAGCAAUCGGGUCGACAACUCUCAUUAAUUGUAAUUUUCAAUAAAAAAAAACCAAAUCAUUAGGAACCAAUCGCAAAUGAAAUAGAAACAAACACACAUAUUAUAUAGCAGUUAAUAAAGAUAAACUAUUUAUAUAUAAAUCUA